AACAAAGUCAUGUUCAAUAUAAAUAUUUUUAUCCUACUGUGUUCGUUACCCAGUGCUUUUAGUUACAAUAUUUUGGGAAUAUUUCCAGUGCAUAUAAAAAGCCACAUGAUAAUUUUUUCGGCCCUUAUGGAUGAAUUGGUUAAUCGAGGUCAUAAUGUUACAAUUAUUGGUACAUUUCCAGAGAAGGAGUCUCAUCCGAAUUUAACAAAUGUUGACAUUAGUCAGUUUAUACCGGAUCUUGUAGAAGCUAUUCCAAUGGAUGGUCUGGCAACAAACAGCAGGGUAACCAAAUAUCUUGAGCCUAAGUUAAUAUUUGAUUUAACAGACGCUGCAUGUUUGGGACUUUCUUCAAAAAGUUUGCACCAUUUCCUCUUCAGUAAUCCAGUAGUGGACGUCAUUAUAAUAGAAGAUUUUAAUACACACUGCUAUUUUGGUAUAAUUCACAAACUUGGAGCUCCAGUUAUAGCUAUUACAACAGCUUUACCAGCACCGUGGACCAACAUUAAAUAUGGUAUUCCGAACAAUCCAGCUCUAGUACCUAACCCUUUUCUCUCAUUUACAGACAAAAUGAAUUUUCUGCAACGAGUCGAAAACACAGUGGUAACUUUUAUGCACUUUCUUUUGUUUAAAUUAACAAGAAAUUUAAAAGAUAAAGGUGUAGCAGAAAAAUAUAUGGGGGUAACACCCGCACAACUAGAAUUGUUAAGUGUAAACUCUUCACUAUUUUUUACUAACUCCCAUUUUAGUUUAAGCUACGCAAAAACUUUACCUCCAAAUGUUAUAGAAGUUGGAGGUUUGCAUAUUAAAAAGCCAAACGUAUUACCUGAGGAUUUAAAGAAAUGGAUUGAAGAUUCUCCCGAAGGAGUAAUAUACUUUUGUAUGGGUUCCAUGACCAAAGGUCACACUUUUCCCAAAAGACAGCGAGAGGCCUUCCUACAAGCUUUUGAUUUAUUACCAUACAGAGUCUUGUGGAAAUAUGAGAACGAGUCAAUGGAAGGGAAAUCUGAUAAAAUUUUGUUGCGGAAAUGGUUGCCUCAGUUGGAUGUAUUAUGUCAUCCCAAUGUCAAACUCUUUAUAUCGCAUGGUGGAAUGCUAGGUACUAUGGAGGCUGUUUACUGUGGGGUACCUAUUUUGGUUAUGCCACAGUUUGGUGACCAAUUCAGCAAUGCUGUAGCUUUAGAAGCUAAUGGAGGUGGAGUUGUGCUUAGAACGAGUGAUGUAACCGAAGAAACUGCAUACAGGGCUAUAAGACAGGCGAUUAAAAUGAAAGAUCAAGCAAUUGCCUUAUCUGAACGAUUCAAAGACCGCCCGCUGCCGCCAUUGGAGACUGCUGUUUAUUGGACAGAAUACGUUGUGAAACAUAAAGGAGCACCUUUCAUGAAAACUGCUGCUGUAGAUAUGCCUUUCUAUCAAUAUUAUUUACUAGAUGUUCUUGCGUUCAUAUUUGCAAUUUUAGGGCUUAUUAUUUAUUUGGCAUUCUAUAUUACAAGAUUGAUAUUAAAAAUGUUACUCAGCGUUUCAGGUAAAAAAGUAAAAAUUGAGUAA